UGGUACUGCCCUGAACGAUUCGAGGAGAGAGACGGAGGACGGAGGCUGCAUUGUCCAGAGAAAAAGCAGGAAUUAGAGCCGUAAAAAUUACUGAAAAAUGGACAAGAACGACCUGGUACAAAAGGCCAAGCUCGCUGAGCAGGCUGAGCGCUAUGACGAUAUGGCUGGGGCCAUGAAGUCUGUGACGGAGCAGGGUGGGGAGCUCUCCAAUGAGGAGCGCAACCUGCUGUCAGUCGCCUACAAGAACGUUGUGGGGGCACGCCGCUCAUCCUGGCGGGUCAUCUCCAGCAUUGAGCAAAAGACAGAGGGCAAUGAGAAGAAGCAAGCCAUGGCCAAGGAGUACCGGGAGAAGAUUGAAACCGAGCUGCAGGACAUCUGCAACGAUGUGCUGGGACUUCUUGACAAGUACCUGAUUGCCAAUGCAACUGCAGCUGAGAGCAAGGUGUUCUACCUGAAAAUGAAAGGCGAUUAUUAUAGAUACCUGUCUGAGGUAGCAGCUGGGGAUGCAAAAAAGACCACAGUGGAUAAUUCCCAGCAGGCAUACCAGGAUGCUUUCGACAUCAGCAAGAAGGAGAUGCAGCCAACACACCCCAUCAGGCUCGGCCUGGCCCUCAACUUCUCUGUCUUUUACUAUGAAAUCCUCAACAACCCUGAGAAGGCCUGCACCUUGGCCAAGACGGCAUUUGAUGAAGCCAUCGCUGAACUCGACACCUUAAAUGAGGAUUCCUACAAAGACAGCACUUUGAUCAUGCAACUACUAAGGGACAACCUGACUCUGUGGACAUCGGAAAACCAGGGAGAUGAGGGAGAGACCGGAGAAGGGGAAAACUAAUGGAAUUGCACUGUUAAUCUACCUACACUCUUAAACACAAACAGCU